AAGAAAAAUCUAAAAAGAAAAGAGUGAAAUGCAUGCAAGACUGGCCCAUUUAUAGGCUAAAUAUGCCGAAAAUUGAUUGAUGAGCCACAUACAUAUACGUACAUAUUGUAUAUGUAAAUGUAUAUGUAUGUGUGUAUGUGAAUAUUUAUAUGAUUGAUGAAAAGCAGAAAAAUUGAUUUUGAUACAUUGUGCCGUAUAAGUGCUUGGGAAAUAAGGGUCUGGAAAUCACAAAAAAUCAAAAGUGCACAUUUAAUAACACGUACAUAUAUAUGUGGGAGUUCAUACAUACGUACAUACAUAUAUGGUAUUUCUGAUUGCCUUCAUAAAAGUGCUCGAUAUUUUCUUGCUUAGAAACGUUUGAAGAAAAGUGGAAAAAAAUUUGAAUAUAAAAUAAUUAUAAAUGGACUGUUAUUAUUAAAAGUGAUCAACUCAUUGGUUUCUUCAGCCGGUGAAAUACAAUUAAAAAAAAUGGAUAAAUUAGGACAUACAUACAAACCAAAUACAUUACUAAACAACUUUAAUGGAACUCACAACAUAAACGAAUAGUAAACAAUUUAAAAUAAAUAAGAAAAAUCAAAAAGUCGUAAUAGUCUUCCAAAAAACAACCAAAAAAUCUCUUAAGCUAACAAGUCCGACAAGACUAGCUAUGGAAAAAGUAAUCGAAAUUCAAACUAGAAAUCACAGCAACCGACGAAUUUUUCAUGCUAAAAUCCAGCGAGUGUCGACAGUCUUAGCAACGAGUCAGAGGGAAACACCGAAGCAGCACAUGGAAUGCAAUGCACAGUUAGCCUACAGCAGCAAUACAACUAAUAAACACAACGAAAAUCCUGUGCCGCAACAACAAAAACAACAGCAAUUAAAGCAUCGACUUAAAUCAACUAUACAAAAACAACAACAGUAUUAUGCACACAAUGCAGCGACGGCAGCAAUACAGCAACAACAAAACAACCAACAACAACAACUGCAACAAACACAACAGCUAACGCCCACUGUCGACUAUUUCCGUUUCUCCGCUUUGUAUGCAUUGGUAGCAACUUCCGCUACCACAGCCACAUACAAUAUGCGUGAAGCGUACGAGUGCGUAGCUGCCUACGAUCCAAACAGAGAUGGAGUAGCGACGGGCGAUAAUAUUAAUGAUGACUACACGACACACAACCAUUAUAACCGACAACGUUGCACUAUGCAACAUGAUACACGUAUUUUGGAUUUGAAGCGUAACCACAAAAGCCUUACACAACCACAACAACAAAACGAACAACAAGAGCAGCAGCUUAGUAAAUUCUUGCGAACCACAUACCUCCGGCAUGGUAGUAGUGGCAUACGACAUAACACCAACGCAAGAGGUGUCGGUAGUUGCGGUCUCUACAGUGCAUCGUCGUUCGGUACUGUCACAAGCGGAAACGGCACAACAAACGUUGUUGGUGGCCUCGGUCUCGAUACUCGUAGUAUUUUCUAUUUGACACUCGUAUUUUUCAUCUAUUGUACUGUGAUGAUGCGCGCUUCUGUAGCGGCGACAGCUAUUGCCAAUGCAACAAUGCAUAAUAACAAUAAUGUUAAUAAUAAUAAUAAUACUAAUAACAACAAUAAUAAUAAUAAUAAUAAUAGUAAUCUAGUGUAUGAUACGCCAACGCUGGUGAUGGACGUAACGACAUUGUUGCCAACUGCUGACGAAGCUUAUGUAGGCGAAGCGUCGAAAUUAAGUAAAGUAAUGAUGAUUGACAAGAGUACGGUGGGUUUGGUAGCGAAUGCAUCAGUGGUUACACCUCCAAUGCCUAUAAACGCUUUGACAACGGCAUCAACACCUGUCAGCAACUUGACAACUGCUUUUGUGCCGAGUUCUCUGUCACCAACUCCUGCUAAUGCAAUGGCCGAUGUAACUAUGAAUGCGAACGACGACAGUUUUGCGUAUAUACAACGCGUGGUAAAGCGCGAUACCGCUCAUGUGCCUGAAGAUGAUGAUGAUUCCGCCUAUCGUGACGACGAAUUUGACGAAUACGAGGCUUUAAUAAAUAAUAGAUCUGCCAAGGGCAAAUAUAUCGGCGCUCCGUGCUUCAACGAUAUGACAUGUGAAACAUCCCUAAUUCAUGUCAUUUGUGAUAAGGAGACGAAAAUCUGUGGCUGUGAAAGAAAUUACCCAGUUCAGCUAGGACUAACUAAAGGUUGCGAUAAGCCGAAAAAACUGGGCGAGCAGUGUUUCUACGAUGAAACUUGCAUGUAUAGCGAUGAGAAUUCCCUUUGUGUUCAGGUGCGACACAAUGCUAUGUGCCAAUGUGCGCAUGGUUUCCACUCCGUAAGCCAUACGAAGCCAACACGACGUGUUUUUUGUACGAAAGACUUAAAGGAGUUAAAUUCUGAUCUACCGACGCUGCUUGGUGUUUCAACGGGCAUAGCAGUGCUUGCCGGUCUCAUCUGCAUGGUAUUGCAUCUCUUUAGCAAAACAAAAUAUCCACGACCGCGAAACUUUGGCGAUGCGAAUCUACCGCCACCCAUUAUGUACUCCAGUGAAACAGGUAUACCGUUGACAGUACAAUCGGGUCGUCCAUCAUCACGUUCCAGUCUACGUUCGAGCGGCUCAAUCGGUUCCUAUGGCAAUCGACGUGCCUCAUCUGGUGGUGCAACAGCUGGUGGACAUGGCGUUAUUGGCAACAUAGGCGGUGGCGGCGGCGGCGGCAGUAGCGGUACGAAAGGCAUACUCGUCUCUACAUCACGUACAGGUGCGGCUAGAUCGGCCGCCAUAUUGCUUAUAUCGUGUCAUUUGACGGAGCUCGCCAAAGAGGCGGCAUUACGCACCACAACGUCGCGUCAAACUUCAGGCGCCGGCUGCAGUGCCAAUUCGCGUGAUAAUCUGGAUGAGAAUGGUUCUGGUGGUGGUACAACUGCCUGUGGUACAACCGGCGGCAGUGGUAGUCGCAGCUGCGACAGUACAUUAUCAAUGACGCGUCACCUGCAGAAGCAGUUGAAUCAUCAGCGUCAUUUGUUAAGUCUUGAGCUGUCGCCGGCGAAAACGAAAAAUAACGAUAGAAUUAGAACAUUGUUGGGCAUUAAUGGAAUUGAUAAUUAUAGAACCGAUGACGAUGAUGAGUUAAAUAGUUUAGAUCAUAAUCACCUGCAAAUUGGUGCAUUGCCGACACCGGCCAGUGAAACGCCUAGAUUUGCGGUAAACAUACGCUAUCACUCUCUCUCUCUCUCUCUCUCUCACACACACACACACACUCACUUUCUAGCUCUUUCUCAGAAAACAUCAAACAAGAAACAUUCACUGUCACUAUGUCUGUCUCUAUGUCUACAAAUCGCUCUCUCUCUCUCUCUCUCUCUCUCCCUCUGUCUUCUGUAUUGGUCACUCGAUAUCUCCAUAUAUUACAAUAUAUAUAUAUACUAACUAAAUCUUUCUUUCUUGAAACGAAAUAGAGACAUACUAGUAUACCUACACAUACAGGCACACAACCAUACACCCGUACACAUUGCGGUCGAUAUUACCACACAAUUGGUAUCACGUAAGAGAUAUUGUAAUGAAUUGGUUCUAAAUGAUGAGUAUUUUACAUAACUUUGCACUGUACAUGAAUUUCGAUUUUUCAAUUUUUCAAUCUGUAAAAAGUAACGCACAAACAAACGCACUCGUAAACACUCGUUAGCGAACGAAGUUUCUUCAUUUAUUAGUCACUUUACAUAUGUGAGAUCGUUUAGAACUAACAAUAGAACUUCACCCAGCUAACCAAUAUGCUCACUGUUCACCAAAAACUAAAUCGAUAGUCUUAAUAAGAAACGUUUAGAAUGACAAGGUCUACAAAGUUCAGCGCCCAACUCGUUUCUUCGUUUCGAUGUUUGGGGCCAGUUGGAAAUACCAAGUGAAAUUAGGUUAUUCCUCUCCUGA